GCCUGGCAGAUGUCGGUUGGAAACUCCUGGAAUUCAAAGCCCGAUCAAAACGAUCAGAUUUGUGAUUUAGCUGAGAGAGAGGGACGAUUGGCCUUAAUUUCGCCUUUUGAGAAUGGCUGAUUCAGGGGCCGCGCCCCCCCGGCCUCAUCUGGAAGUUCUCCGACUCGGUUCCAUCUAUGAACCUCUUAAGCUGUCCAGUCUCCAUCGUGAGGAUGAGCCCCUAUGGGAGAAGCUGGACCGCUACUACAAUGCUGUCAAGACAACCAUUCUGAACUACCAGAGUCCCACCACAGGCCUUUUCCCUGUCAAAACAUGCUCCGAGUGCAAAGAGGCCAAGGUCCGGGACUCCCUGUAUUGUGCUGCUGGUGCCUGGGCCCUGGCCCUGGCCUACAGACGCAUCGAUGACAACAUGGGGCGAACCCAUGAGUUGGAGCAUUCUGCCAUCAAGUGUAUGAGAGGGAUCCUCUACUGUUACAUGAGACAGGCUGAUAAGGUGGAGCAGUUUAAACAGGAUCCCAGCCCCUCUAAGUGUCUGCACUCAGUGUUCGACGUAGACACCGGUAACGAGGUUCACUCCUACAGCGACUACCACCACCUGCAGAUCGAUGCUGUUUCUCUGUUUCUGCUGUACCUGGUGGAGAUGAUCUGCUCUGGUCUUCAGAUCAUUUACAACACUGAUGAGGUUUCCUUCAUCCAGAACCUGGUGUUCUGUGUGGAGAGGGCCUACAGGGUUCCUGACUACGGCAUGUGGGAACGAGGCAGCAAAUACAACAAUGGCAGCACUGAGCUGCAUUCCAGCUCUGUGGGUCUGGCAAAAGCUGCUCUGGAGGCCAUCAAUGGAUUCAACCUGUUUGGAAACCAGGGCUGUUCGUGGUCAGUGAUAUUUGUGGACCUGGACGCCCACAACAGGAACAGGCAAACCCUCUGCUCCCUGCUGCCCAGAGAGUCUCGCUCCCAUAACACCGAUGCAGCCUUGCUCCCAACCAUCAGCUAUCCUGCCUUUGCGGUGGAUGAUGAUGCUCUGUACAGUCAAACACUGGACAAGAUAGUUCGCAAGCUGCGUGGAAAAUAUGGCUUCAAACGUUUCCUCCGCGAUGGCUACCGCACGGCCAACGAAGACAAGGAUCGUCGCUACUACAAACCUGCUGAAAUGAAGCUUUUUGAUGGAAUCGAGUGCGAGUUUCCCAUAUUUUUUAUCUACAUGAUGAUUGACGGGGUGUUCAGAGGAAAUAAAGCUCAAGUCAAAGAAUACCAGGAACUCCUGGAUCCCAUCAUCUUCCAGUCAUAUGAGGGCCAUGCUGUGGUCCCCAAAUACUACUACGUCCCGGCUGAUUUUGUGGAGGCGGAGCAGAACAAGCACGGGAGCCAGAAGCGUUUCCCUAGCAACUCUGGACGUGAUGGGAAGGUCUUCCUGUGGGGCCAGGCCUUGUACAACAUCGCCAAACUGCUGGUGGAUGAAUUGAUCAGCCCUAAAGAUAUUGAUCCCAUCCACCGCUACGUGCCCCGCCAGGACCAGCGAAACGUCAGCAUGCGAUACUCCAAUCAGGGCCCCAUAGUGAAUGAUGUUGUGAUUCACGUGGCGCUUAUUGCUGAGAGCCAGAGAUUGCAGGUGUUUCUGAACACCUAUGGCAUUCAGACUCAGACGCCCCAGCAGGUGGAGCCGAUCCAGAUCUGGCCUCAGAAAGAACUGGUCAAGGCAUACCGUUUCCUGGCCAUUAACAAGAAGCUGGGGUUGAGUGGGCGUCCAGAGAGGCCAGUGGGCUGCAUCGGGACCUGCAAGAUUUAUCGUAUCCUUGGCAAGACGGUGGUGUGCUACCCAAUAGUGUUUGAUCUAAGUGACUUCUACUUGUCCCAGGAUGUAAUGCUGCUGAUUGAUGACAUCACAAACGCCCUGCAGUUCAUCAAACAGUGCUGGAAGAUGCAGGGACGUCCUCUCUUCCUGGUUCUCAUCCGUGAGGAUAACAUCAAGGGGAGCCGCUUCAACCCAGUCUUAGACAUGCUGGCCUCUUUCAAGAAAGGCAACAUCGGUGGGGUCAAGGUUCACGUCGACAGACUUCAGACCCUGAUAUCUGGAGCAGUGGUGGAGCAGCUGGACUUCCUUCGUGUUAAUGAGGCAGAGAUCUCUGCGUUUAAGAGCUUUGAGGAGCUGGAGCUGCCUAAACACUCCAAGGUGAAGCGUCAGAUGAGUACGCCCAACGCCUCAGACCUGGAGCAGCAGCCAGAGAUCAGUGUGGAGGAGUGGCUGAACAAGCCCACCGAUGAGAUCAUCCAGAAGUUCCAUGACUCCAACUGCUUGGCCAGCCAGGCUCAGCUCGCAGGGAUCCUUCUGAGGAGGGAAGGACCAGACUUUCUUGCUAAAGAUGAGAACCUGUCGGCUGAACUGGAGAGAAUCUACAGAAGAGCUGGCAGCAGAAAGCUUUGGCUGGUAGUGCGCCACGCUGCUGCCAUUAUGAAGAAGUUUGCCAGCUCUAUAGCUCCUCACAUCACCACUAUUCUGGUGAAUGGGAAACAGGUGACUCUCGGGCUAUUCGGCCAUGAGGAAGAGGUGAUCUCCAACCCGCUGUCGCCAGGGGUGAUCCAGGGCAUCAUCUACAGCAGGUGCUCUCCUCACGGUGGCGAGCGGGAGGCUGUUCUUCAGCAGGAGCUGGUCAUCCAUAUCGGAUGGAUUAUCUCCAACAACUCAGAGCUGUUCAGCGGCAUGCUCAAGAUCAGGAUCGGCUGGAUCGUCCAGGCCAUGAAACAUGAGCUGAAGAUCCGGGCAGGAGACAUGCCCCCCCAGGACAUCUACCAACUCUCCCCCAGCGACAUCAAGCAGCUCCUGCUGGACGUCCUGCAGCCGCAGAACACCGGCAGGUCAUGGCUGAACAGGCGUCAGAUCGAUGGCUCUCUGAACAGGACCCCUUUGGGCUUUUAUGACCGUGUGUGGCAGAUCCUGGAGAGGACCCCCAACGGUAUUCGUGUGGCUGGGACUCACCUCCCGCAGCAGCCCACACUGUCUGACAUGACCAUGUACGAGAUGAACUUCUCCCUGCUGGUGGAGGACACGCUGAAGAAGAUUGUCCUGCCUGAGUACAGACAAAUCAUAGUGGAGUUGCUGAUGGUGGUGUCCAUCUUGCUGGAAAGAAACCCGGAGCUGGAGUUUAGCGACCAGGUGGAUCUGGACAUUUUGGUGAAGGAAGCCUUCAGUGAUUUCAAGAGGGAUCACAGCAGCUUAGAGGGCAAAGAGAAACAGGAUGGUAUGGAGGCCUUCUACAACACAGCUCCUGUGGGAAAGAGAAGCACCUCCAGCUAUCUGACCAAGGCAGUUAUGAUCCAGUUACUGCAGGGGGAUGUCAAGCCCUGCAAGGAUGACCCCUGCUCUGUUAGUUAGAUUAACAACGUUAGAGCCGCUUGUCCCGCCCCUAUUCAGUGUAGUCAUCAAAUGGUCCAGUAAGGACAACUGAGGAUCCAUCCCACAUAUUCACAAGAGAACCCCUCUCCUACCCACUCCUCCUAAGCUUCACAUGUUCUGCUUCAAAAGCAACUGAAGCGCUAAGCAGAGGUUUCAACUGUGGUAGAUGAGCGUGUCCGUAGAUUGUGGCAGGUAUUAUUAUAUAUUACAUCUAGAGGUUAUGCUUAAACAUUUUUUUUGUCAGUUAUAGUGUCAACAGAGUCUUAUUUCUUUUAUUUCUAUACAUAUUUGUUCUGUCAGAGUUUCGCAUUUUGACCGCAUUGCAUAUCAAAUUAAGAUUUAUACUGAUUAAAUGCCACCUCUUACCCUAGGUCACAGAUUGGCAACUUUUGCGCUAAUGAUUUCAGCACUUUGCCCCAUUGGCUAAUAUACUGUACAUCCACUAGUUAUGUAUGAACUUUACUGAAGCUGCUUUCAGACACUGAACUCCUGCUCUGUACGUUUUCCUGAGAUUUACCUGCCAAUCCUGUUUGGUAAAUGUCAGAGUGAGUCCAUGUCAGAAUACAACAGGAAAUUCACAAGCAAGGGAAACUUUCCCUUUUUCAGUUUCAAGUUUAUAUAACAGAAUGCAAAUAUUACAUGAUUCAAAAAAUAAUCCAUACAUGUAGAAGAGGCAGAGAAGAUGGUAAUUUGGAAAGACAACGAUAUUGAAGGGCCUUUGAGCCAAUGUGCUGUUGAAAAAUACGAAUUUCCGCAGCAGAAUUUAUACAUAAUAUCCUGCCUCCAUCAAGCUCUAUACAGACAAAUGUACUGCCUGAAUGUUCCGCACAUUUUCCUGUUGUUGUCAAAACAUCUGACCCAAACAAACUCCUGCUGUGUUCCUCAUGUUUAAAAUGCAAACGUUUUUCAAACAUCCUGACCCAAUUUUCCAGACGUGUCCCGGAGUUCAGUCUCCCAACUGGGAUGGGUUAUCAAAUUGAGGUUUAAAUACAUAUAGGUGGCUAGCUUUUUCAGAGUGCUAGUUAGCUAACUACUGUUAGCUUACUCUUUCUCCAAUGCUAAAUAUUUUCUUAUAAAAUAAAUCAAAAAUAAAUAACAAUUAAGGGAAGGAAGAAUAUUACAUUUUGUCCAAAUGUAUAAAGGGAAUUGAGGCUGAAUUGACUUAAGCUGUAACAGUACAUUUAUGUGACUGGUAUCAAUCUUCUCUUCUAAUAUUUUUUAGAAAGUGAAGCAGCAUCUUUCACAGAAUGUGGAGCUGUUUCUUAAAAUGUUUUGUGUUGCUUAGACAUCAGUUUAAAAUGUUGUGCUCUGGCUAUCAGGUGUACUAUGAACUGUGCUACAUGAACAAGGCUCAGAUGUAACCAUUCACCAGCAAUAACAUAGCAAUUUAAUAUGCAAUAUGCUAUUCAAUCAGUAUCAGGUCAUACUGUUUCAUCAGAGAUGCGGUUCUGAAAUUGGCUCCAGGGGCCUUAAACCUCUUGAAACGUAUAUGAAACAGAAAGUGGUGAAUUUUGUCAUAUUGUUACAUUAAUUAUGAAUCCUUAAAAAUAAACAUAUGUAUCCUGAUCAAAGUGCAGCUUUAAGAGUCCGUGUGUAAGAUUUAGGUGAUGGGAUCUAUUGGCAGUAAUUCUAGUGAUAUGUUCACUAUUGUGUUUCAUCUAAUUUGUACUACUUGAUGUUUUCUUUACCCUUGUAUGGGCCCUAUUAUAUUCAAAUACCCUAUGUUAACACACAAUUUGUUUUGAGUGUGUUGACAACUGAAGACUCCCACAGGUUUUCCUUCAUGUUUGCAACAGGAGGGUGAGGUGAGGAGUAUUCAGCUGCAACAUGCAACUUCACCUCUAGAUGUCACUAAAUUCUACACACUGAACCCUUUAACCUUGUAAACCUCAGUCACAGUAUCAGCAGGUCUUUGGCAUUAGAUAAUUUCAGAACCACAGCAGAGAAUAUCACAUUUUGAGUUCAACAAUAUAUAUUAAAUAUGAAAAUACAGACAUGUCAGCGUUAGGUGUGUGUUGUACUGUGUUGAGAUUCUCUUAGAGGAACUCUGUGUGCUCUUACCUCCGUGCAUGCACAGUCUGCUGCAUGACAAUAGGCACUGCAUUAACCAGUGUGAUGGUUUCUAUGAAUGUUAGAGGCUACAAAAUAGAGUUUCUGAGAGACCCAUUUCUGCACAAUAGGGCUCUGCAUGACAAUGACUACUGCUCAUCUGAAGUGGCGGGACAGAUAUGCUGGUUUCUUGAAUGUGUGGGCAACUGAAAAUAAUACUGUCAACCUUAUGUAGAAAUGAUGAAAGGUUCUCUAUUUUUAAAGCGUGCCUUUCUGAAUAUCAUCACUGUGAUGAACCUGCCUAACCUUGUAACUGUGUAUGUGUGUGCUGUUUACCCUUUUCAUUUAAAAGAGGUAUUUUUGAAGAUACCAGAAUAAAGUCAUUAUGGAAACGUUA